AUGACAAAAUCACCUGCAACAGUAAAGAGAAAGAGACACACCAAUUCUAAAUUGGGAUGUGCUAACUGCAAACGGAAAAAGAUUAGAUGUGAUGAGAGUUUGCCACUGUGUAAAAACUGUUUAAAAGGAAAGAAAGAUACGUGUUCAUACUUGUCUUUAUCCCAAGAUGAAGUUGAAAAGAUUAAAUUGACUCACUCGUUGAGAAAUAGUCAAAACAAAUUGUUGAAUUCAAAUUAUCGAUUACCUGCAACAAAUGUUCUAACAAUGUCGAGUAACGAGAGCUUGGAAUCUUCCAAUAGUCAAAAGAAGUUUCAUGCUGUCAGGUAUGCAUCUUCAAGAGGUAGUGUAUUGGAAUUUAAAUUCGAACUUGCUGAUUUGCCUGUCCUUAUACCUCCAAUCACAUAUCCUCCUUUGCAGUACAAUAACCUUUCUAUGCAAGAUUUCACCAAUGAAUUCAAGGUUAUUAACGACUUUGAUAGUGAUGACUAUACUACUGGGUCACCGAGUGAGUUAUCAAAGAAAAACAUCUUACCAAAUGGCUUUGAGCACCAAAUUACCUUUAAUGUCAUUAACCCAAGAGCAUUCAAACGUGUCAACUCAGCUCAUGCAGUCACUACAACGCCAGUCGUUUCCGAUUACAGUCUUCACUUGUUUAUCGGUAAAAAUACCUUGCUAGAUUAUAUGAGCGAUUUAUUUCUGGAAAAUGUUUCUGAUCUGGGGUUGAGUUUGGCAGUGCAUACUUUGGGUGAAGCUAUACACUUGAACCACUUGAAGUCAAAACCUAGCUUUUUGAAAGAGGAUGCUGAUAAGCAACUUACUGAACGUCUUGAUAAUCGAGUUAAAAACUCAUUUAACAAGUGUUGUGAUAUGUUGCAAGCCAAAGUGGAAACAAUACAACAGAAAAAGUGUAUAAAUUACAAUUCCAACGAAGCAGGUAAUGAUUUAGAAUUGGCAGCCUAUACAGGUAACUUUCUCACUUUUACUUCAGUCAUACUGAAACUUGGAGUUAAAACACAUUUUAAAACUUUGAAAUUACCAUUACUUGCUUACAAUACUUAUGCUAGAUUACAAGAAAUAAUACCAAGCAAAACAUUAUCAGUUGUUUCUUUAUUGAAGAAAAAUCUACAGUAUAAUGUCAUUAGUGUUAAUGUCCCAUCAUACAACCCCCAAUUUUUAUUUGAAAUUGAAUCCAAUUUGAGAAGUCUUGAAUUUAUUUUCACUGCUGAGUCUCUAUUUAAAGAUAAAGUUGAUUCCUCAAUUCGUUUUGAAUUUGAAACUUUAAAAGCACAAUACUCAUCACUAAUGAAAUUUCUCAAGGACAAAGUAUUAAAUAUUGUAUUUGCAUUACGUGACGAAAGUAGUGUUUCAGUAUACCCCGUUGAUGCUAUAUAUGAUGUAUUGCAGACCUGGCAUGCCAUGUGUCCACCAGAAGCUUUAGUAAACAAGCCCGGAAUUAAUUCAACAUUCUACGAUGAAUCGGUGUUUUUAAAAGAUUUGUCAAGUACAUUGUACACUUAUUAUAGUGCAAUCGCAGCUGCUUUAGAUGCAGUAUUCCCUGCAUGCAAGUAUCUUUUCAGUUUGAGUUUUAUACUUCCUGUCAGUCAAUGUUAUAGCGAUAAGGAAACACUAACGGUAUCAAAGUAUAACCCGUACACCAGAUCCUUUUUCAGCCAUAAGAUUGACGUGUUACUACAACGUCAUAUUAUUUAUGCAUCAAGAUUAUAUGCUUUCUUCAAGAGGAGGUUUGUAUUUUAUCACAACAAUAUCAAAUGGUCGAAUUACUAUGAUAACGUAACAUUAAAUGACAAUAGGUUAAAGAGUAGAAAGUUAUACAAUGCUACCGAAGUAGCAAUCAAGAGUUUCAACACUACCUUGAUACGACCAGAACAUUACCCAAUUAGAGAUAAAUCAGUCAAUCUUUCCAAUGGCGUCAAUAACUACAUCAGUUUUACUCGUGAAGAUGAUCCACUAGUGAAGAACUUGUAUGCUAGGAAUAUUGAAACGUUGAACAUUUUCGAUGAGAUGUCAAUUUUGCAAUUUGAUUAUGAAAGUAUGUUGUUACUUAAGGAUUAUCGAUCAUUUGAUGAUGAGAGUGAAGUUAGUCGAGAAGUUUUGAGUGUAAAGGAUAUUCGUGAUCAUUACGAAGAUAGGAUUGCUAUAUUAAGUGAAGUGAGUAGGAGUUGGUAG